AAACACGGAAAUCACGAGUUAGCGCGUUAUUUAGAAUUUCGACGGCAGAGAGAGUGGGAUUUCUGGCUCGCUUCUUCCUAAUAGAGCGUCAUGGAUCGGGCGAUGGUGCGUGGAAAUAGAGGUGGCUGCUUCUCAGCCGUGACUAGAUGUGUUUGGGGCAAACCUAAGGAAGAUCUCACACGGUACAGAGCUUCUGAGAGUGACACAAUAGAGUUUGAAGAUAUUGUGACUGCUGAAAACAGAGCUGGUGCAGUGCACGCCAAGAAGCAGUUGGUGACGGAGGCAGAGCGAGAGCUGCUGAGGUCCGGCAAGUUUGACCAGCUGGUCGAGGAACAGCGCAGGAUUGAUGCCGAGAGAGAUGCAGAGCUGCGGAGGCAGGAAGAAAAGCUACGGCAAGAGGAAGAGGCGUACUAUUCAGCUAAAAGAGAGUAUGUCAGAAGAACAAGAAUGCUCUCUUCUACAUCUCUCCAAGUGUCAGUGGAGGUAGAGAGACAGCCAGUGUCUCAACCUGACGUGGUCAUCCAUCACCAGCCAAGGGCCACACCCACCUCAUCCUCCCUCCCUCAUUUACCUUCCGUUUCUCAACUCAUGAGUGGUUCGUCUGUGCAAGAAGAAGACGACUUUGAUCAAUUCUUGGAGAGUGUGAAGGCUCGCCAGCUCUCCAUCACCAGUAGUAAAGCUCCUGAGCCUAUGAGUGUGGGUACUGGUGAUAGUGGGGAGGGUGGUGGAGGGGGGAAGGAGGAGGAGGGUGAGGAGGAGGUUGACUUUGGUUACUGGGAGAAGGCAGAGGUGCCGACAGCCCCAGAGACCAGUGGAGAUCCUCCUCAUGAAAGCAAUGGGAAAAGCACACCGCUGCCUAAACCUCCCUCCAGAGACAUGGACCUCAGUUUACUCUAGCUACCAUCACCCACCAUGUAGUAGAGGUCCUCUGUACUGAUAUUAUGUGUCGAACUUGUCAUGGCAUUUUGUAUAAUUAUAAUUCUGCAGAUUUUCUCUUUCAGAUGCAUUUAUUACGUACAUAACUGUAAGUGGGUAAAGCUUUGUGUGCAUUGCAUCGUUUUGCUUUUUUCACAACUCCAUUAUAGUUGUGUGAACACGGCAAUACACUAGAAUACAUUUAGUCUUGCGUCAAACUGCAUUGUGUCAUGGCAUACGUACAUGCAUGAUGAUAAGCUGCUUCAGUUUAAUAUCAAUUCCACUGCAGUAUACAACCAACGCAAACCUUUGACACAAAGCGCGAGUCAGUCAGGAGUGAAUGUUCUGCUGCUGUAUUAUGUUCUGUCAGUUUGGAGUAUUAUUAUACACUCCUAGUACACUAUGUACAACCAUACAGGUCAUGCAGGUACAUUGCCCUCCACAUCAGAGCC